AAACAGAAAAACAUGCAAGGUGAUGAAGGAGGAGAAGAAAGAGACCGUAGGAGGCCAGAUGAUACAUUUGGACGAGCAUUCGAUCGCGCUGCUUCGUUCGGGCGUCUACCUGGCUUCGUUCACUCAUGCCCUCAAGAGCUUACUCGAGAUCUCCAUCAGAUCGGGCGCCAACACCAUCUCAUCAUCCAUUGAUCCCGCCACUGGGACGAUCUGCGUCGACGAUAACGGAGUCGGAAUCGAUACCGGGUUGGUUAACUUGCUGGGCAGAUUUGAUUCAAAUUCAUUAGUCUCAGCUCCAAGCCCCAACCAGUCGUCGUCCUCUCAAAAGCAAAUCGUCUCAUAUCUUUCCGUCUCCCAACAUCGGAUCCUAGAUUCCUUAGCGCAUCUCUCCUUACUCGACAUCUGUUCACGCCACAAAGAUGGGAGUUAUAGCCAUCAAACCUUGUUCAGAGACGGCAACGUCAUCUUCUCUGCCCCCGCCAAAACCUCUCGCCGUCACAGUCAUGGAACAACGACCACAGUCCGGGACCUCUUCCACAACCUUCCGGUCCGUCAGAUCCGCGAAAACGAUCCCCUCCGACACCAACAACGUUUGAGACGACAAUGGGAGGAAUCGCGGCUGAUCCUCCAAUCCUUGGCCAUCGUCUAUCCUCACAUCUCUUUCACCCUUCGCAACUCUUCCCAUCAAAACUUGACUUCCUCCUCCUCCAACUCUUCAGCCUCAUUUUAUCGUAUCUCUAAGACCGGACUAUUUUCAAGUACCUUUGGCAAAAUCUUCGGCCAACAGUUCGUUCAGGAUUCGAUUCCUUUGAAGGUGUCAAUCGAUGGGUUUCAAGUUACUGGACUUUUCAGUAAGAAGCGACAUUCUAGUCGGGCGAUCCAAUUAAUUUGUUAG